UAAUAAUUCUCUUAUAAGCAGUGACGCACGCCCCUCCCUCUCAACGUUCGAUCGCGACUUAGGGCACGCGCCGGGCCUAGCUCCUCCCGCCGUUCUCUCCCUCUCGUGCCCGAGCUUGCCGGACGGCGCUCCUCCUCGCCGGCGAACGGCCAUCCGCCAACCAUCCUUCCUUCUUCCACCAAAACAGUCAACCGAGCACCACCCUCCUCCUUUUUAACCGUGAGCCAUACUCCCUCAAGCACUAGCGGGCUUCCCUCGUUUUCUGGUGCCGCCGGCGGUCCUCGCCUGCUUCCUGACGCCGGAGACCUUCCCUGCCGCUCUUGCGCUUGCCGAACACCCUGUUUCUCACGCGAGAGAGGAAGUCUCCCCCUCUAGCACGCCCAAUCGUGAGGCCAAGCUCCCUCUCGGCCUCUGCCGCUGCUCCUACAGCCGGAUACACCGCACGAAAGCCUGCCCUAGUUCUCCCGAUCGCGUGCUCUAGACGAAUAGGGAUGCCACACACGCAGCCGUCAUCUUAUUCCCGCCCGCCCCCCCCUCGUUGCUUGACGGUGAUCGCUGCUGCGUAGAUUGAGGAGAAUCGGUUAAUACUCUUUGAUCUUCCUUUUCUACACCCAUUGGCCCUUACAGGUAAUGAGCCACAUAUUACUUCCUAAGCAUGUGAUUGCUGUUAUAAAAUAUCAGAAAAAUCCUCUUAAGGCACUAGAGAUGUUCACUUCUGUUGUGAAGGAUAAUGGGUUUGAGCACAAUCACUCCACCUACAAGUGCAUGGUGAAAAAACUUGGUCUACAUGGGGAGUUCGAAGCCAUGAAUAGAGUAAUUUCGGAGAUGAGAAUGAAUGUGGAGAACUCUUUGCUUGAAGACAUUUAUGUCAGUGUAAUGAAGAAGUAUGGGGUGAAGGGGAGGAUUCAAGAUGCUGUGGACACCUUUGAGAGAAUGGACUUUUUUGGCUGUGAACCCACAGUUUUAUCAUACAAUACUAUUAUGAACAUUUUAGUUGAAUACGGAUACACUGAUCAAGCUCACAAAGUUUAUCUUAGAAUGCUUGAGAAAAGAAUCAUCCCUGAUGUUUAUACAUUUACAAUAAGGAUAAAAUCGUUUUGUAGAACAAGAAGGCCACACAUAGCCCUUAGGCUACUUAGGAACUUGCCAGGAAGAGGGUUUGAUGUUAAUGCAAUCACAUACUGCACUGUUAUUUGUGGUUUGUAUGAAGUAAACCUCCAGUUUGAAGCAUGCAAGUUGUUUGAUGAGAUGCUUAGUAUAUAUGUUUGUCCUGAUAUAGUUACAUUUAAUAAACUUAUACAUGUGCUUUGUAGAAGAGGAGAUCUCUUGGAGAGCAACAGGCUUCUUGCAAAAGUUUUGAAGAGAGGUUUAUUCUUUAAUUUGUAUACAUACAAUAUAUUAAUUCAAGGCCUUUGCAGAGUAUGCAAGAUAAAGGAGGCUAUAAGUUUGUUUGAGUUAUUGGAUAAGGAUCUGACUCCUGAUGUAAUUACUUAUAAUACGCUUAUCUCUGGUCUCUGCAAGAACUCAAAGGUUGAUGAAGCGGAGAGCUAUCUUCUUGAAAUGGUAAACAGAGGAUGCUUUCCUGAUGAUUUCACAUACAACACAAUAAUUGAUGGGUAUUGCAAAUCAGCCCGGGUACAGAGCCUGAAAGAUGCAAAUUUCAAAGGAUUCGUGCCUAAUGGGGUGACAUAUUGCUCAUUGGUCAAUGGUUUAUGCGAAGAAGGUGAUAUAAAUCGGGCUAUAGAACUGUUCAAUGAGGCUUUAACCAAAGGCUUUCCACCUGAUGCUGUUUUGUAUAACUCACUCAUUAAGGGGCUCUCUCGUCAGGGACUUAUUUUGCAAGCUUUGGAUCUGUUAAAUGAAAUGAUAGAAAAUGGUUGUAAUCCUGAUUCUUGGACUUACAAUAUUAUAAUCAGCAGUUUGUGUAAAAUGAGGAAUAUGUCUCUUGCUAACACAGUCAUGAAUAAUGCCAUUGCUAAAGGCUUCUUACCCAAUGUUUUCACCUUUAACACAUUGGUAGAUGGUUUCUGCAAAAGAUUGAAUGUGGAGAGAGCUUUGGAAAUAGUUGAUAGGAUGUGGAGUCAUGGCGUCACCCCUGAUAUAGUCACCUAUAAUUCUUUGCUAAAUGGGCUCUGUAAGUCUGGAAAUAGCAAUGACGUCUUGGAAACUUUCAAAGAAAUGGUUUCGAAGGGUUUUCAGCCUAACAUAAUUACCUAUAACAUUUUGAUAGAGAACCUUUGCAAGGUUCGUCGUGUAAAGGAGGCUGUUGACCUCCUUAAAAUGGUGGAAAAAGAUGGAUUAAGAGCAGAUGUUGUUAGUUUUAACACAUUGAUAUAUGGAUUAUUCCAGAAUAAUGAUGUUGAUGGAGCUUAUGAAAUGUUUAGGAAAAUGAAGGAAGAGAAUUGUGUCCCUACACUGGAUACCUAUAAGGUAAUGAUUUCUGCAUUCUGUGAGAAGCUAAUGAUGGAGAUGGCAGAGAAAAUUUUGUUGGAGAUGAUUGGAAAGGGAAUUUCACAGGAUGCGUUUAUUUUUCGUGUUAUGAUUUUUGGUUUGUGCAAGAUUGGAAAUGUUGACCGUGCGAAUGAACUCCUGAUGGAAGCUAUUAGUAAUGGAUUGGUUCUGUCGAUGAUGACGUUCGGGAGAGUGAUGAAUUGUCUCUGUUUGGAUCAUAGAGUGGAAGAGGCCAUCAGAAUUAUUUAUAGAAUGGUGGAUCAUGGAGUUGUUCCAGAGAUUGUGGACACCAUUGUUAGUAGUGAUAAGAAAGAAAUUGCAGCACCUAAGAUACUGCUAGAAGAGUUGUUGAGAAAAGGUUAUAUAUCCUGUUUUGCGCAUGAACUUCUUUAUGAUGGAAUCAGGGAUAAGAAGCUAUUGAGGAAAAGGUAUCGGUCCAAGUACUCUCGAAGAAUAUUGCAGAAGAAAUAGGACUGCGAGCACUGCCCUCUGAGCAAGAGCCAAAUCAGUUGAGAGCUCGAAGCAGGUAAUUAGCCACAUUACUUCCCCAAGCAUGUGCUUCCUGUUAUAAAAUGCCAGAAAGAUCCUCUUAAGGCACUAGAAUGUUCACUUCUGUCGUGAAGGAUAAGGGAUUUGAGCACGAUCGCUCCACCUACAAGUGCAUGGUGGAAAAACUAGGGGAGUUUGAAGCGAUGAAUAGAGUAAUUUCAGAGAUGAGAAGGAAAGUGGUGAACUCUUUGCUUGAAGGCAUUUAUGUUAGUGUGAUGAAGAAGUGGGGUGAAGGGGAGGAUUCCAGAUGCUGUAGACACCUUUGAGAGAAUGGAUCUUUUACUGUGAGCCCACAGUUUUAUCGUGCAAUACGAUUAUGAACAUUUUAGUCGAAUACGGAUACACUGAUCAAUCUCACAAAGUUUAUCUGAGGAUGCUUGAGAAAUGAAUCAUCCCUGAAGUUUAUACAUUCACUAAGGAUAAAUUCAUUUUGUAGAACAAGAAGGCCACAGCCCUUAGGCUACUUAGGAACUUGCCAGAAAGAGGGUAUGAUGUUAAUGCAAUCACAUACUGCAAUGUUAUUUGUGGGCUGUAUCAAGAAAACCUCCAGGUGAAGCAUGCGAGUUGUUUGAUGAGAUGCUUGGUAUAUAUGUUUGUCCUGAUAUAGUUACAAUUAAUAAACUUAUACAUGUGCUUUGUAGAAAAGGAGAUGUCUUUUACAAUUAAUAAACUUAUACAUGUGCUUUGUAGAAAAGGAGAUGUCUUUUACAAUUAAUAAACUUAUACAUGUGCUUUGUAGAAAAGGAGAUGUCUUUUAGAGCAGCAGGCUUCUUGCAAAAGUUACGAAGAGAGGUUUAUUCUUUAUUUGUAUACAUACAAUAUACUAACUUAAGGUCUUUGUAGAGUAUUCAAGAUAAAGGAGGCUAUAAGUUUGUCUGAGUUAUUGGAUAAGGAUCUGACUCGUGAUGUAAUUAUUUAUAA